AAAAUGUCAGUCAGUGUGACUUGACUUUUUCGAACUAAGGACAAAUUAUUAAGUUAUAUGUUAAAUAUAUAAAUAAACUUCAAGUUAAGCUGGGUAAAUUCAAAAAUGGGUAAUAAAACUUCAUCUCCGAUUAAAUCUCAUGAGAGUCUGCAGUUUUACUUUCUGCGCAGCACAGGUGGGCAUACCGAGAAGCAACAAAACGAAAAUCCCGAAACAAAAUCUCGUUCCCAGAUAAAGCAGUCUAACAAAUCCCGAGGUACUACAAACCCCUUUAUUGUUUUUUUCCUACGACUGAGAAGCAAAAAGCAGCAUAUUCCAGUGACAAAGGUCGCCAGAAUUGCUGGCAAACGAUGGUCGCAGAUGAACGAUGAGCAGCGACAAAAAUAUGUCGACAUGGCAAAUGCCGAGAAAAGAAGACGUGACGAGAUUAAACGAAAACGUCAAAAUAACAUCAAGAUAAAAUCAAAGAGCAAAUCCGUCUACAGACGAAGCGUCAAUUGAGAAGAAGAAAUGAGAAGCCAAUCCGGUGAUAUUUAUGAUUUCCUUUUUAUUUGUUAGUAGUUUUUUUGUCUAUGUACAAUAAAUAUUGAUGUAUUUUUACACUAUAUCUUAAAGAACUUACUUACAAUUUAGAUA